UGAUACAGACUUGAAGGUGAUACACGAAUGGAAAUUUGGAAUAUGCUGAUCUGAUCUAACUCCUCUUCAUAGCUACUACUCGAGAUGCUGCUGUGCAGAAAAUUGAGACUAUUAUUAAGGAACAGUUUGCUCUUGAAAUGAAGAAUAAGGAACAUGAAAUUGAAGUCACUGACCAGCGACUGAUUGAGGCAAGAAGGAUGAUGGAUAAGCUUCGAGCCUGCGUUGUAGCAAACUACUAUGCUUCUGCUGGCCUUCUGAAAGCGUCUGAGGACACUUCUGGUGUUAGUGGUACCCAUAAAAGAGAACUACAUAAUGCUGAUCUCACAGGAGAUGAGACCUCACGACUUUUUGUAAAGAAAACAAUAGUAGUGGGUAAUGUGUCCAAGUGAGUACCAGUUGAAAUGUCUGGUUUCCAUUAUUCACUGUCAUUAGCACUGUAAUUAGCUCUCUUAAGAUCAUAUUGCAGUAGGAACAAGCCUUGGGGACAGUCUUUUCCAAGGUCUUAUUUUAAAAGUAAAUGCUGGACUGGGCAUGGUGACACAUGCCUUUAAUCCCAGCACUCAGGA